AUGGCAAACGAUGGCGGCGGCACCCCGCAACAGCUCGUGGUGCAGUCAUGGAUCAUGUACAGCAUUGGUGUUAUCAUAUACCUUCUUCGAUUAUAUGAGCGGAUGGGCUUCAAAUGGCAGGCAGAGGACUUUCUUAUGGUCCUUGCAAUUGCUUGGUAUACUGCUCUUGUCGUGACCAACAUUAAAUUAGCUGAAGGUGGCGGAGGCGCACUCUAUCCGCCCGAUGAAUUCGCGACCUUCACUGACGGCGAUAUUGCUUCCAGAUCACAGUUCGCCAAAGUUGAGUUUGCCUCAGAACAGUGUAUGUGCAAUACGAUAUGGACUUUGAAAGCUUGCAUGCUUAUCAUCUACUACCGGAUGACUACGAAUCUCAGGCAACAAUUUUGGGUCAAAAUCUGUGCUGGAUACACUCUUGCCGGAUUUGUCGCCGUUGAACUCACUUUAUUUCUGAACUGUCGUCCCUUCUCAGGAUACUGGACACUCCCACCACCACAACAAGAAUGCGCCACAUAUUUCAAUUAUGAAGUCGUUCAAGCUGUCUUCAAUAUCUCUUCCGAUCUGGCUAUCUUAUUGGUUAUUAUUCCAAAACUGUGGAGGAUGAAUAUGUCAAAAAAAGAGAAGAUACCGCUUAUUUUCAUCUUCGGAAUGGGGUUUUUCCUGAUCAUUUGCGCCAUCGUCUCCAAAAUUUUCACAUUCAAGAACAUCUACGACACCUCCUAUCAGUUCUGGUACCUCCGAGAAGCUUCCAUCGGUGUUUACGUGUCCAACCUUCCCUACGUUUGGUCUUUUAUACGCCGGACCGUGCGAUUUCUGCACCCAACAACUGGCGGGACGAAAAAGAUCUCCCGCCAGCUCUAUCAUGGAGGAAAGACUUCGGAACGUCCAUUCUCUGGCUAUACUGGUCGGAGCCGAAAUUUUUCAGCAAUCGCGACCAGUGACAAUUCCCAUUUAGGGCGAAGCGAAAGUGAAGAAUAUAUAUCUGAAAAUGAGACUGCAGUGCUAGGCGGUGAAGUACCUAUGUCAGAAAUUGACCGAAAUAAACGGUAUGACAUUCAGAAGACUACAGAAAUCAGCAUCAACACUGAUGAUGUGAAUGAGUAA